UGAGGGGCAGAGGCGAGUAGUUUGGGAGAGUCCUCCCCGGCCCGGCCUUCUGGUUUUCUCCAAGUGACACACUGAACCGAAACUCACUUUUCUUUUUCUGAAUUUGAACCACCGUUUCCGUCGUCUUGCAAUCGACACGCGAAGUCCGGGGCGAUGGACCCGUUUACCGAGAAACUGCUGGAACGAACCCGUGCCAGGCGAGAGAACCUCCAGAGAAAGAUGGCCGAGAGGCCCGCGGCAGCUGCAAGGUCUGUGACUCACGCCAAGAGGGCCAGAGAGCCGCUUUCAGAAGCAAGUAACCAACAACCCUUACCUGGUAGUGAAGAGAAAUCUGGUACAAAACCAUCACCAUCCAAAAAGCACUGCUCUGGCAACACCGAAGUAGAAGUUUCUGACGUGGAAAAUGAAACACCGGCUGCGUCAGCUUCGGCGGAAUGCCGUCCUUUGAGUCCUCCGCCUCCUCAGGCGCAGCCACAAGCACCAGCUCCCGCCAGCGAUGCGGAGGCUGUCCCGGCACCCGUGCCAGGCGUGAGGCGAGGGCUCAGCUCAAGACUGGAAGCCGCUGCGGGCUCCUCCGUGAAAACACGAAUGCAAAAGCUGGCGGAGCAGCGGCGCCUCUGGGAUAAUAAUGAUCUGACAGAUGAUAUACCCGAAAGCUCACCCAUCUCACCAGUGCCGUCAGAGGAAAGGGCUACCUCCCCUCCCAAACCAGCCCUCUCGGAUGCCUCGGCAACUCCAGUUGGUAGAAGGGGCCGUCUGGCCAACCUUGCUGCAACUAUCUGCUCGUGGGAAGAUGAUGUAAAUUACUCAUCUGCAAAGCAAAACAGUGCACAAGAACAGCCUGGUACCACUUGUUUAUCCAAGUUUUCCUCUGCAAGUGGAGCAUCUGCUAGGAUCAAUAGCAGCAGUGUUAAGCGGGAAGCUACAUGCUGUUCCCAAAGGGAUGGCGAGGCCUCUCUGAAUAAAGCUCCAUCCUCGAGUGCUGUGGGUGUAUCUUUGAAUAAUGCUGCAAUCUCCAGCUCUGUGAAAGCUGCUUCUUCCCCAGUGAAAUCUUCUACUAUAUCCAUUACUGAUGCUAAAAAUUGUGAGGGACAAAAUCCUGAGCUACUUCAGAAAACUCCUGUAAGUCCCCUGAAAACAGAGGUAUCGAAACCAAUUGAGAAGUCAACUGUGUCCCAGACAGUUCGUCCCAAAGAAGAAUUAAAUAGAGAAAUUUGUCGGCAGUCUCAAUCUAAAGACAAAUCUGCAACAUCAGGGGGAGCAGGAAUUAAGCCUUUCCUGGAACGCUUUGGAGAACGUUGUCAAGAACAUAGCAAACAAAGUCCCGCUCGGAGCACACCCCAUAGGACCCCCGUUAUCACUCCAAAUACAAGGGCCAUCCAAGAAAGAUUAUUCAAGCAAAACACAUCUUCAUCUACUACUCAUUUAGCACAACAGCUCAAGCAGGAACGUGAGAAAGAACUAGCAUGUCUUCGUGGCCGAUUUGACAAGGGUAAUUUAUGGAGUGCAGAAAAAGGUGAAACCUCAAGAAGCAAACAACUAGAAACCAAACAGGAAAUUCACUGUCAGAACACUCCCCUCAGAAAACAUCCAGCUGUUUCAAACACCCCAUCGCUUCCAGUAACAGAAAAGGUGACAGAAAAUCAGACACCAGGGAAACCUUCCGACACAGAACCUACAGAAGUGGUACGUGAAACUGAGAUGAGUGUGGAUGAUGAUGAUGAUGAUAUCAAUAGUUCAAAAGUAAUUAAUGACAUCUUCAGUGAUGUCCUGGUGGAAGGUGAGCUAGAUGUGGAAAAGAGCGAAGAGGAGAUGGACCAUGAAGAACAGGAAGAUGCACUGAAUAUCUCCUCAAUGUCUUUACUUGCUCCAUUAGCACAGACAGUUGGUGUGGUAAGUCCAGAGAGUUUAGUUUCCUCACCUAGAUUGGAAUUGGAAGACACCAGUGUAAGUGAUGAAAGUCCAAAGCCGGGAAAAUUCCAAAGAACCCGUGUCCCUCGAGCUGAGUCAGGUGAUGGCAUUGGUUCUGAAGAUCGUGAUCUUCUUUAUAGCAUUGAUGCAUACAGAUCUCAAAGAUUCAAGGAAACAGAACGUCCUUCAAUAAAGCAGGUGAUUGUUCGGAAGGAAGAUGUUACUUCAAAGUUAGAUGAGAAAAAGAAUGCCUUUCCUGGUCAAGUUAAUAUCAAACAGAAAAUGCAGGAACUCAAUAAUGAAAUAAAUUUGCAGCAGACAGUAAUCUAUCAAGCUAGCCAGGCUCUUAACUGUUGUGUUGAUGAAGAUCACGGAAAAGGGUCACUAGAAGAAGCUGAAGCGGAAAGACUUCUCCUCAUUGCAACUGAGAAGAGAACACUUUUGAUUGAGGAGUUGAAUAAAUUGAAGAGUGAAGGGCCUCAGAGGAAGAAUAAGACUGGUCCCAUUGCCCCAAGUGAAUUUGUCCCAUCCAAAGGAUCAGUUACUUUGUCAGAAAUCCGCUUGCCUCUAAAAGCAGAUUUUGUCUGCGGUACAGUUCAGAAACCAGAUGCAGCAAAUCACUAUUUCUUAAUUAUACUGAAAGCAGGAGCUGAAAAUAUGGUAGCCACACCAUUAGCAUGUACUUCAAAUUCUCUUAAUGGUGAUGCUCUGACAUUCACUACUACAUUUACUCUGCAAGAUGUGUCCAAUGACUUUGAAAUAAAUAUUGAAGUUUACAGCUUGGUACAAAAGAAAGAUCUCUCAGGCCCUGAUAAGAAGAAAAAGGCAUAUAAGUCCAAGGCAAUUACUCCAAAGCGACUUCUCACAUCUAUAACCACAAAAAGCAGCCUUCAUUCUUCAGUCAUGGCCAGUCCAGGUGGUCUCAAUGCUGUGCGCACCAGCAACUUUGCCCUGGUUGGAUCAUACACGCUGUCAUUAUCUUCAGUAGGAAACAAUAAAUUUGCUCUGGACAAGGUGCCCUUUUUAUCUCCUUUGGAAGGUCAUAUUUAUUUAAAAAUAAAAUGUCAGGUGAAUUCAAGUGUUGAAGAAAGAGGUUUUCUAACCAUAUUUGAAGAUGUUAGUGGUUUUGGUGCCUGGCAUCGAAGAUGGUGUGUUCUUUCUGGAAAUUGUAUCUCUUAUUGGACUUACCCAGAUGAUGAGAAACGAAAGAAUCCCAUAGGAAGGAUAAAUCUGGCCAAUUGUACAAGUCAUCAAAUAGAACCGGCCAACAGAGAAUUUUGUGCAAGACGCAACACGUUUGAACUAAUUACCGUCCGUCCACAAAGAGAAGAUGACCGAGAGACUCUCGUCAGCCAGUGCAGGGACACGCUCUGUGUCACCAGGAACUGGCUGUCUGCAGAUACCAAGGAAGAGCGGGAUCUCUGGAUGCAAAAACUCAAUCAAAUUCUUGUUGAUAUUCGCCUCUGGCAACCUGACGCUUGCUACAAACCUAUUGGGAAGCCUUAAACUGUUGGAAGUUGCCAGGCCGUCUAGAGGUUUUUUGAGCUGUGUCAUAAAUGUAUCUUAAGAGCAUCAGAUUUGCUGAUUGCAUUUUAUGCUUUAAAUACAAAAGGGUAUGUGCCAAUAUUCACUACAUAUUAUGCAGUAUUUAUAUCUUUUGUAUGUAAAAUUUCAACUUUCUCUUCUGUCAUUCAUAAAUGAUUGGAGGAAAAUUCAUUAUAGUCAGUUUUGCUAAAUCUUAAUUUAAAAGCCUCAUUUUCCUAGAAAUCUAAUUAUUCAUUUAUUCAUGACAAAGUAUUUUUUUAAAUGUAAGAAUUUUGAGUUGUCUUCUUGGAGCUGUGGGUCUUGAAGUAGAAAGGUUUUCCAGGGGUUGGAGACAGAAACCUCCGACUUGGUCAUCCUUUCUCUAUCCUCACUACUUCUUUCUAAAGUUUGUGAUCGUUUAUUGAUCACGAUAUAUCUUGUUAGUAGAAUACUAAGAAAACUUCCAAGGGACUUUAGAAACAUUUUUAGUAAUGGAGGUAAGAACUUUUUAAAUAGCCAGUGUACAUUAGUUUAAAGCUUGAGGCUGCCUUCAAACAAGAGAUGUGGACAUGGGAUAUUAUGUGAGAUUUGGGGAUUAGUUUUCUUUAGAAGACUUAAUCACAUGGUUUACAUUUACCCAGUUUCUAUAGAUGCUGUGUGGUGCACAUUUUCAUAGAGUACAGUCUUAUAAAAAAUAAUUAUUUUUACUAUAUAGCUAAGAUUCCACUUGGCAUAUCAGUUCUUUCAGCUCCCAUAACAAGAAUAAAUGUAAAUUGAAGAGUCUUUGUAUAAAAGUAAACUCCACCAAGCUGCUAUGGACUAAUACUUUGCUUGCCAAAGUUGUCUUUUUUUUUUUUUUUCCUUGUCCGUGUAUGAGUGUCUAGAAGCACAUUAUGAACUCUUUUGAAAAACUUAAGUCAUGCAUUACCUUUGAAAGCCCAAUUCUUUUUUUUUAUUAUAAAGUAUUAUAAAGCAUGGUCACAACUUUUAAAUCCACUUUGAAUUUCUUCUCUGAAUUGUUAAAAAAGUUAUUGACGAUCUCAUUUAUAAACACUAAAUUCUGAUUCUGUCAGAAUCUAAAUUCUGUCACCUCGUCAUUUAAUUUUGUAUUCAUUCAAAUGUGUUUUUUAUGUGUAUUAUAAAAAUAUAUUUUAUGAUCUCUUACCCAAAUAAAUGCUUGCAAAGGA